CCGUUAAAGUGUCAAAGUGGUAGACAGGUCAUGUCUUGUGAUAUUAAAGCGACUGUCAUAAUUACGUAAUAAUAUGAGAGUUCAAAUUUAGGUAGUGUUGGUUCAACUAAUAUUACUUCAAAUGUUAUUCUUCAGCACUUCCCAAUUCAUUGUUUUGUAUUUCGGCAAUAAAGAAAGCUUCUCUUCACAUCAUGGCUACGAUGUUUCAACCAGUACAAGCCUCACGCAGAAAUGACUUACAUCUUACAUCUACAGGAAUUGCAACACGAUACCAUCCAGGCAUAUAUUUUCCAGAUACUAACUUCCAAGCAAGCAUAACUAAUCCUCUUCCUCCGGGCUUAAUGUUGCCAGACAUGAUAAUCAGAAGCAACACACAUCCUACAACAACAGGAAUUGUUCAUAAUGAAAAAUUUAUCUCCCAAGAUUAUCUUCAUCCAGCCUAUCUGAGAGCACCAUCUUUAAACAACACUAAAUUCAUAAAAGACCUCUCAGAAAAGCUUGGUGCUGGAGGAUGGAGAAGACCUUUAACAAUGAAAUAUGAAAUGAGUGAGACUCAAGAAGAGUUCAGCAACCCGGAUGGAAUAAGAUAUAGUUACGCAUUUGAUGAUAUCUUCAAAAAACGACCCUUUCUACUUCAUGACCAUUUAACAUAUGGUCCUUCUAGGAUUGGUCAUCCUGCUGGUCUGGAGCAAAAAAGUCUUUAUGAGUUCAUUCCCCAAGAUAAAGGAGUUUUUAAUCUUCUAAGUCCAAAUGCAACAACUUACCAAAUGACACACCAUGCUUUCAAACCUGACACUCUGAAAAGAAAUAAAAAUACUACUGAUAUGUUUUAUCCACACAACUCCCUGUGUCCCAAGACUCCCGCUGAUGACAAUUCCUUAAAGCUUGUGUAUAAAAAGCCUCCAAUGCAAGAUGUAGCACUGUUUAAAAACCGCACAAGUAUUCCAAGACUUCCAAAAUAUAUUACCACCGUUCCACAUAAGGGCCAUCUUUCUGAGUACCAAGGUCUCUACGAAAGGCCAUCACAUUUGAACCAAAAAUAUAUCUAUUACACUACAGUAGAGACACCAUAUACAUUACCAAAAGCGAGCCUAUCAUCCCUCAUGGCAGUUCCUAAGUUCUACAACACUGAAUAUCAAACUGUUGGUUCAGAAGUGCCAAUACCAGUUUGAAGACAAAUGAUGAAACCACUAAGAAGAAAUCAACAAAAAUGUUUGGUUAAUAAAUAUUUUUAAGAAAUGUA